UACACCACACUCUACAAAGUUAUUGUAAUUGAUUGCAACCAACAAAGUUAUAAAUUCAUUAAAGGUACUUAACCAAGCUUUAGCUUGUAGAUAUGUUGUUUAAAAUAACGUUUGUAAGAAGAGGCGAUGGUCAAGAAGUUCAGUCAUAAAAAGUUUUACAAGAGAGUUGAAAAAUUAGUUGUCAAACUCUUAGGCCACGAGCAGAUGCCUGUGAUCCUAGUCCCCCGCCAUGAGUGGCACGCUCGCUCCCCCAAGGACUACGUUCUACAGGACCAUCCUGUCAAGUGUAUCUGUGUGUACUACAGAACUGACAUGGCGGAGUGUGUUGAUGACAACACGUGUGUGCGUAGAGUAAUGGACAUGCAGAGAAUACAUAUGGAGGACGAUGACGACAUUAUGUACAACUUCAUAAUCGGGGGCAACGAGAAGGUGUUUGAAGGACGAGGGUGGUUUCACAGAUCAUCCACCAAACUACCUUGGGCUCGUUACCAUGGCAACAGGAUAGACAUAGCUUACAUAGGCAACUACAACGGCAAAAAUGACCUGCCUUUUCAAAUGCUGGAGCAACAAUUGAAUUUGGUCAUGUUUGGACAAGAAAAGGGCUACAUCGUAAAAAACUACACGAUGAUUGAGGAAACACACAAGUUUCUGUAGAAUUUAAUGUUGCUCAGCUGGUUGUUAAAUCUACAUACGUUAAUUGUGGAGAAGGAAAGGAACAUGAUAGUUAGAGUACUUUUGAGGUACAGAACUUUGAUAAAAGCCAAUUUGGUUUUGCUACUUGCUCGUGGUAUACAGGUUCUACUAAUGGUCUUAGGCUAGACUCAUUGUCUUGUUUUUCAACCAGUACAUUUUUGAGUUGUUAAUUAAACUAAUUACUGGUUGCAAAACUACUUUGAACAGACUUAGAAUAUUACUGGUAAAUGAAUUUGACAAUCUUGAACAUUUUCAGACAGAAACAAUAUUAUUCCCACGAAAUCGAUGGAAUGAAACUACUGUACAAUAGACAGGCAAAAACAUACAAAUUAAAUAUGUUUCAAAUACCGAGUCCUCAAAACUUGUGUUUAUUCUCUCCCGUAAGUCUGGUUGGCAAACUAGCACGACGUUUCUUGUUUAUUAAAUUGUAAUUAUAUUUUCCUUCAAUGCAAUUUACAAAUUAAGAAACAAAAUCGGCUGAGAAAACAUAAUUAAAGCAAGGAGACAUUACUAAACAUUUAUUUUGAGUUUUACAUUUAUUUGAAAUGUGUCAAAGUAAC